ACGGCACAACGACGACGACCAAUCAGAAAUGAGUUCAGUUUAAAUGUUGGGGCGGCUUUGAAAUUUGAAACAGGUGGCGAGUAAACGACUCUGACUACGUAAAGACAAGAAAGCAAGAAAAAAGAAGACAGGACGACGGCUCUCCCGUCAAUACGUCACUUUAAACCCAUGGAAGCAGGAUCUGCUUUGAACAGCGACAACAAAGCUUUAGCAUCACUUUAAGAUAGCACGCCGUAGAAGACGAAAGAGAAAAUGGAGUCCAAGUUGUCUCGGCUGCUUGUUGGACUUUCUGUACAAAUUAGUCGCAGUGACGGCCGCGUGCAUCUUGCUACUGUCAAGUCUGUGGACAACGCCAAGUCUACUGUGAUGGUGGAGUGGAAGGAGUUCGAUACUUGUCGAGGGAAAGAGAUUGAUGUGAGGGAGUUAUAUGUACUUAAUCCAGAGCUGCUGGUCCACAUACAAGAUUUCUUCAACAAAGCUGCUGAGCCAAACUCUCCUCCUCCUGAGAAACAUCUGUUGUUUUUGCAGAAGUGCGAGGGUCGACUGCGCCCAUCGAAGAUUCCUGGCCCACCGACCUCCUCAACUCCAGCAGCGACUCAGGCUGGCGUGUCAGUUGUCAGCCGGGUGGCUCAGACCAGGCAGACAUGCAAGUUCCAGCCUCCAGCUGCUGUCUCUGCACGGGGAUCUUCAGAGGAACCUACUGAGACGAUUGCUCCUGAAAAACCCACUUCCACGUUCCUCUCAAACUCUGAGAUUCGUAAUGUCAAGCAGGAGGCUGAACCGUCUGUGUCACUGCAUCUGGUGCGAGAGGCUGUAAAAGAAAAUGAUGAACCUGUGAAGAAUCCUCCACCGUUCACUAAAGGCAAAAGGAAGACUCUGGUUCACCAAGAGCUCAACAAAGGCAACAAGAGAGUCAGCAUGAUCAAACCCUCUGAAAUCAAUACCAAGAAGGGCAAGUUCAAAGAGGUCACACGGCCCAACCAGAAAUUCUUCGAAAUGAUCCAAAACUUCAGAGAGACUUUGGAAAUCAACCCACAAUCAAGCAAUGAUGUGAUGGAGCCUCAGAGGAUUUGCGUGUGCGUCCGCAAACGACCCCUGAACAAGCGAGAGGUGAAUAAGAAGGAGAUCGAUGUGGUCUCAGUACCCGGAAGAGGGGCCCUGCUGGUCCACGAGCCAAAGCAGAAAGUGGACCUCACCAAGUACUUGGACAACCAAAUUUUCCAAUUUGACUACUCCUUUGAUGAAACCUCCACCAAUGACUUGGUCUACGGGUUCACAGCAAAACCUUUGGUGCAGUCCGUCUUCGAAGGUGGGAUGGCGACGUGUUUUGCCUAUGGUCAGACAGGAAGUGGGAAGACGCAUACAAUGGGCGGUGACUUCUCAGGGAAGCAGCAGAACUGUGCCAAAGGAAUCUACGCCUUAGCAGCUCAGGAUGUGUUUGCAUGUCUCAGUCACAGGAGGUAUGCCAAACUGGAUCUGUCCGCCUAUGUCAGCUUCUUUGAGAUCUACAACGGCAAAGUGUACGACCUGCUAAAUAAGAAGACCAAUCUCCGCGUGCUGGAGGACGAGCGCCAGCAGGUGCAGGUCGUGGGCCUGGAGGAAGUCUUUGUGUCCACGGCGGACGAGGUCAUCAAGAUGAUCCAGCUUGGCAGUGCCUGCAGAACAUUCGGCCAGACCUCAGCCAACGCCAACUCCUCGCGCUCUCACGCCAUCCUGCAGAUUGUCCUCAGAAGCAACAACCGCUCCGCCAAGCUGCACGGCAAGUUCUCCCUGGUCGACCUGGCCGGCAACGAGCGCGGCACAGAUGUCAGCAGCAACGAGCGCGCCACCCUGGUGGAGACGGCGGAGAUCAACCGCAGCCUCUUGGCACUGAAGGAGUGCAUCCGCUCCCUGGGCAAGAACAGCGAUCACAUUCCUUUCAGAAUGAGCACUUUGACCAAGGUCCUCCGAGACUCCUUCAUCGGAGAAAAUUCCAGGAUCUGCAUGAUCGCCAUGGUGUCUCCAGGGAUGGCUUCAUGUGAAUAUACGAUGAACACGCUACGUUACGCUGACAGAGUGAAGGAGUUAAAUGGUAAUUCCAAGGCCAGCAGAGAAGCCAAAGCUCAGGAGCCUGCUGACUGCUCCUCAGAAGAGGACGCGUCUGUAGACACCAGCGUGUAUGACGCCAUAAGCCACGUGGCGGAACUAGAGGAGAAAGUUCUUGCAGAGCUACAGAGGGCCAACGAGCUAGCAAAGGAAAUGGUGAAAACGUGUAAUGUGGAGGCAGGACUCCCAUACUUGAUAGACUACAAUCAGAAAGUAUCAGGCUCCUUGCUGGCCUUGCAAGCCGCUGUGGAAGAGAGAAAGGCAAGGCUCAACCACUGAAUCAUGCAUCAAAACAGUUGCUUUUUAUUGUCCUUUUUUAAGUGGUUUAUGUAUUCAAUAAAACUAACUGAAUAAAAUGUGUCCAUUUUGCAGUAUUAUC